GUUCUUGAUUCCUGCUGAAGCGCAAUGGAGGGCCAGGAAGCAUCCAAACGGAACUGCAGAAAGACGCAGAGCGUCUCUUUGGAAGACGACGUUGUAGGCCUAGAGGAAAGGGGAGGACUCGUUGACCUGUGAGAGCGCAGCUGUUGCCAUCGCCUUGGGUUGCAUUCAGGGGCCCUGGGAAGUAGGUUGCAAAGAGACAUCCUUGUCCAAAUGUGUUGGCCGCAUUUGGGUCCCAUGCGCAGCUGCACGAGCGUUUGUAAAAUCACCCCGCUUGCCUGUUGAUGUAGGGGGUUGGAUCUGGUAUUGCUGAGCUCUGUUGUUACAAAUUAGAAGGGGGCAAACUCUUUGGGUAUGCUUUGAAGGUUAGCUUCAACCACAAGUUUGAGAGACUUGCCAUGAGCUUAAAAAGCUGUCGUAUCUAAAGAACGCCUUCAGAUUUUACAUAGGGCGUGAAUCUAGGUGGGAUUGGGACGAUGGCUCAAGCAGGGGUGGCCGGAGUUGGCCUCAAACUAUCAGGGGUUUUGUCUUCCACAGCUCACUCCCAGUCAACCGGUCGCCAGCAGUCAGAUCUGUGCUGCAAGGCACUUCCUCUUUGGGGAGGGUUUGCAAAGGCCAAACCUAACCAAACCUCAAGCACUUGGGAGCAGCAUUCAUGGGUUGGCCGAGGCUUCUCAUCUGCUGUGCGAGCGAGCCGGGAUUCUGAAGGGGGCAAGAAACGGGAGGAAAGUCCAGGGGGGAGAAGCAGAUAUCCAGACUCUUUGCGGGAUCCGAGCAACAGGGGAGCAGCACUAGAGGGCGAGGAAAAUGUGGAGAGGAGUUUGGACAGGAUUGAGACGGCUGCCAAGGCGUCAAUCGAUAAGCUACGGCACAUCAUCUAUAAGCUACGGACGCAGGCCCCCGAGGCCACAAGCACCGAGAUAAGCACCGUCAGCGGCGAUUUAUUGAUGGGAAGUGCAAAGUUCGCAGGGCGGGAUGAAGAGAUUUUCAUCAAGCAGGACUUUGAAGUAGAACUGGGUUCUUUUGGGGGCGAAACUUCAGGCGACGAGUCCGACUCUCCAGAUGCGGAGGCGUUUGUGCACCACGACGCCCUGACCUGCACGCAGACAUCUGUCAGGAUCGACGAGGCGACGGGGACAGCUGUCGUGUCGGUCACAGCCACCGUGCGCGGCGGUGACAUCAUCGACCAGAGCUCAUACACUGAGAAGAGUGUGGCUCUCGCAGCGCGCGCGCUCGCACGCACGUGCCUUGCUUUGGACGAAAAGGCGCAGGCGGCAUUGGCAGGGGGACAGUCUGUCCUCAAAACUUUGCCAAAGCUGGACCGGAAACCGCACGAGCUGCUGACGGAGGUGUUGCAAGACGGGCAGAUCGUGAGGUUUGCGCCGUUGGUCGAGGCGGGCAGCAGUCCGUUCCGGCAUAAGUACGAGGUGGAGUUGGAGAUCCCCCAAUGGAGCAAGGCGAAUGCGGUGUUCAUUCCAUUUGUCCCUGGGGAUGCAUUCCUGAGGUGGCGGAGGGCCCCUGCGGAGUGGGUUGCCUAUCAGAUGAACCUUCUCUUGGGCCUGGACAUCGUACCCCCAGCAGCAAUCCGAACAAACGUGCAAUUGGGCGAAGAAAAGUACGAUCUGGGGGUUAUGGUGGCAGCAGUGAGUGGGUUGAGACCGCUUUCGAGCAUACCCACAAGAAAAUGGGGCGUGCCGUCCCCCGUCGCCUUCGUCACCUCCGCCCACGUUUUGGACGCGUUGCUUGGCGGCGCCCCCCGGCAGCCGCACGAGUUUAAGGCGGGCAACCACUGGAGUCUCCAGGGGGGGUUGAAACCAGUGGUGUGGGAACACCCCAUGGGGCCCGGCCGGGGCGCGCUGCAUAGCAUGUGGUCGCACCGCGGGGAGCGCAAGGGAGUCAAGAGCAUCCCGGCGACGACUCUGGCGCGCUUGAAGGAGCUGAGUCCCAGCGUGCUGUUCGAGCAGCUGGGCGGCGCCGUCACGUCCGACGAGACGGAGCUCAUCCUCGAGCGACGGGAUCAAAUUGUGGCGUACUUCGAUGCGAUGGCCAAGCGACACGGCGGGGAGGCGGUACUGGUUUAGGCGGGUGAUGGGUUAUCUUGUAACCGGGUGGUCAGUGGGCGAUGUAAAGUCAUGGGCGGUCGAAACAACAGACUGGUUGGGCGGUUAAGUACCCCGGUGGUUUGGGUAUGCGUAAGGCAGACCGGUUUGGCCAAUCCGGGAACGUGUGAUUGUUUCGUCAGGUGAUUGCUCGGUGGCGAUUGAUGAAAAUGGGGUAACCGAGUAUGUAAGCUGGAUGCACGUAAAUGGCGAAUGCUUUGAUUGGACUGGACGGGGUCAAGAACGCAAUUGUGAGGCUUCCUUUGUCGCGGGCCUGGGGUAUAAGCGUUGAGGGAAGAUCGCUCGAAGAGCCGUGGAGAACGCUUAAGUAGUGUGGACGGAUUCUUUCAACGGUGGUUCCCUUUCAGGUUCUAGUUCUAAAGAACGGUGAUGAUUCUAUGCAAUAAGAUGUGUGUUUGAGCAGUGCACGUUACAGUCGAGUCGACGUCUACAUUAGGCAAAAUACAUAGGAGUGUCGUCCUUAUCAGUUUCGAAAAUUGACGUUGCGUAUCAGCGAGCAUUUGGCGGUCCAGCACCACUAGGCAGCCGCAAUCUUCUGAAGACUAUUCGAUAACACUAGCUUAUGCUUGUAGUAGUCGGGAAUAAGAAGACAUUUUGUAAGUAUUAUUAAGUGGCAGCGGUGCGCUAAGUCCGUGGGCUUGGAUGCAUAGAAUCGCAAAAAUAAGCAAGUUGAGCGUUGACUGGAGUAAUUACCAUUCCUCGGUGAAGGGUCAUAUUUGUAAAUGUAGGGCUUUCUGUCCAUGAAGGUGCAAGUCGAUUACCGACGGCCGAGUCAUGUUAAUUUCUGGC